AUGCGCACGUCUCCAGUGCGUGGACUGGAAGUGGAGAUGGCAGAGAAGACUCAGAUGGUAUUCCUCCAUGAAGAUGUCACCAUAUCUUGCAAAAUCCCUGGCCCCCCACAGCUGGACCUCAAUACUGUGGGAGUCAUCUGGUCUUUGAAGAAGGAUGGAGAUGAAUCUGAGGUCCCGGUGUUUGAGUUUUAUGGAGAUCAACGGGAGGCAGUCCGACCUGGAGCAGAUGUAUCCUUGUUGGGGCUAGAACAUGGAAAUGCCUCACUCCAUCUACCCAGGAUCGAGCUAUGGGAAGCAGGAGAGUACAGAUGUAAGGUUGUGGUCACCCCUGAAAAGGCAGAGGGGACAACCAGGCUAGAAGUAGUAGCUCACCCUGACAUGCGUUUGUUUGAGAAACCAGCUACCGCAAGAAAUGGUAAAGAGAAACUCAUUAUCUGCCAGCUGGAUGGAUUCUACCCAGAAGCCUUUGACAUAAAGUGGAUGAGGUGUGCCCUGAAGGAUUCCCACUUCCAAGAGAUUACGGAGGGCAUAGUCACCGGUCCCACUGUGAAGAACGUUGAUGGCACCUUCAGUGUAAACAGCUCCUUGGUCCUGAAGCCAGCUCUGGAAGACCAUAUAUACCAGUGUGUGGUGUCACACAGAUCCUGGCUCAUCCCACAGAGUCUCAAUAUCACAAUUUUUGAGAACGGUGAGUUUCCUCCCAAGCUCACCCCAUUUGUGAACAUGUGGUUUGGAGCUUAG